ACCAGUAUAUAAGGAUUGGGUCGGAGAGAACAGUUACGAUGGAGUCGGACGGAUCACGGCAAACAUAUUUACCACAACUACUAAAGUCAACCCAAAUCAGUUACUGCAUCAGCCAAACCCUCAACACCUCACCAUCGACAUGGCAUACUACUACAUCUAUCCGCCACCUGACCCAUACACGGUCUAUCUCAACCACACCUUCCCCGAACACCACCUCCCCUUAGAAGGCCUGCGUCACAAAAUCGCCGCACCCUUCCACCACAACCGCGACCAAGACCUCCACCUCCCCAAGACCGACGUCCGCGAGACCGCAACCCACUUCUACAUCGAAGUCGAGCUCCCAGGCCUCGACAACGUCGAGCAGAUGCACCUGAAGUGGAAGAACUCUCGGACGCUGGUGCUGGCGGCGCACAUCGGGCGGCCGGCGACGGAGGAGGAGGCGGCAGCGGAGGGCGACGUGAGGCAUCUGGUGCACCAGGUUGUUAAGGAGCGGUUAGUCGGGGAGUUUGAGCGGUCAUUUCAUUUUCCUGUGGAAUUGCAUGCGGGGUUGGUGAGGAUUGUGUUAGCUAAGAUGAAUCCCGAGGAGAUCACGCCGCAGCCGGUUGAAGUGGAGCAUAGUGGACAUUGAGGGGAGGUUUGGGUCUUCUUCGUAUGGGUGAGCGUUGGUUGGAAUAGCGCUUGGGAUCUGAGUAUUUGUUCUUGUGUCGGGAUAUGAUGCAAGCAGUCGUCGUCGUUACCAUUCUGCUUGGGAGGAUUGUGGAAUUUAUGAUACCUAUGG